AUGCCCACCCGCUUCUCCAAGACUCGCAAGCACCGCGGCCACGUUUCGGCCGGUCACGGUCGUGUAGGAAAGCACCGCAAGCACCCGGGUGGUCGUGGUCUUGCCGGUGGUCAACACCACCACCGAACCAACUUUGAUAAGUACCAUCCUGGUUACUUCGGAAAGGUUGGUAUGAGGCACUUCCACCUUACCCGAAACCAGUACUGGCGACCUGUUGUCAACCUCGACAAGCUCUGGUCACUUGUUCCCGAGGAGGAGAAGAAGGAUCUCAAGGAGAACUCCGAGGUCGUUCCUGUUAUUGAUGUCUUGCAACACGGCUAUGCAAAGGUUUUGGGCAAGGGAACACUCCCCAAGCUCCCCUUUAUCGUAAAAGCCCGAUUCGUCUCCGCAAAGGCAGAGGCGAAGAUCAAGGAGGCCGGCGGUGUCGUCUCAUUGGUGGCAUAA